AAGCUGCGCCGGCUGCCUGCGGAGGGGAGGUUGCAGAGCGAGGGCAGGAGGACUACAUCCAGCACCCCAGCCUCCUGCCAUGUCUGACCCCAUCACGCUGAACGUCGGGGGGAAGCUCUAUACCACCUCACUGGCGACGCUGACUAGCUUCCCUGACUCCAUGCUGGGCGCCAUGUUCAGCGGGAAGAUGCCCACCAAGAGGGACAGCCAGGGCAACUGCUUCAUUGACCGUGAUGGCAAAGUGUUCCGCUACAUCCUGAACUUCCUGCGGACCUCCCACCUGGACUUGCCCGAGGACUUCCAGGAGAUGGGCCUGCUCCGCAGGGAGGCUGACUUCUACCAGGUGCAGCCCCUGAUUGAGGCCCUGCAGGAGAAGGAGGUGGAGCUGUCCAAGGCCGAGAAGAAUGCCAUGCUCAACAUCACGCUGAACCAACGUGUGCAGACGGUCCACUUCACUGUGCGUGAAGCACCCCAGAUCUACAGCCUCUCCUCUUCCAGCAUGGAGGUCUUCAAUGCCAACAUCUUCAGCACCUCUUGCCUCUUCCUCAAGCUCCUCGGCUCUAAGCUCUUCUAUUGCUCCAAUGGCAACCUCUCUUCCAUCACCAGCCACCUGCAAGACCCCAACCACCUGACUCUGGACUGGGUGGCCAAUGUGGAGGGCCUACCAGAGGAGGAGUACACCAAGCAGAACCUCAAGAGGCUCUGGGUGGUGCCAGCCAACAAGCAGAUCAACAGCUUCCAGGUCUUUGUGGAGGAGGUGCUGAAAAUUGCUCUGAGUGAUGGCUUCUGCAUCGAUUCUUCUCACCCACAUGCUGUGGAUUUUAUGAAUAAUAAGAUUAUUCGGUUAAUACGGUAUAGGUAAAAAGAUCCCAGCAGCAUUGGAGGGGGGCUUCCCAAAGCCAAGAUCUUGGAGAGUGUUUUGCCAGUGGUGUGAGGCAGGGCAUUAUACUAAUCCGUAUUAAUCUCGUAGCAGGACUUGAUUCCCCCCAUGAUGCAGUCCACCUGUAGGAAUCCAUGUGUCCUCUCAACAGAGCCACCUUUUUCCUUGCCACUUUGAGCUGGAGAUGGGCAGUUUGCUAUGACAAGCAAAGAGUCUGCCGACAUCUCCUAAAGGAGGCCACAGGAGGACUUUGUGACUAGACAAAGGAAUAGCAGGUUUUUCACGGGCUCCAGCUCUCUCUGUACCAUUAGGCAGUGCCUCACUUAGCCAUCUGUAAACAGAGCCUCUGGUGGAGGGGAUGGGGUGAGAACAAGAGGCUCCCUCUAGUUUCCCGGGAUGUGAAGUACCCAGCGAUACCCAUCCUACCUGCUCCUCCAUCCCCACGAUGCAGCCAAGACCUUGGACUUGGUUGCCCAGGGUUGACCAUUUUUGGUUGGCUUGGAAAUGAAGUGGGUAGUGGGGACAGGAUUACAGCAUGGCCUAGAGGAGUGGGCAGGAUUCAGAAGAUGGGGAUAGCCCCCUCUUCUGGGCCAAAUCUAGGCAUUUGGGGAUUUCUGGCUUCAGAAAUGAGCUGCUGUCUUGGCAAAGAUUUGAAAGUAUCUGAAGCCAGUGCGAUGAAGGGCACUUCAUAAUGUGGCCUAUUAUCUGACUUUUGUAAUCCUUUCCCCAACAAUUUGAAACAGACCAUUUUAGACAAAUAUAUUACGGACUUUCAGGGUUGGAAAAUAAUUCAAGUCGCUUAGUCCUCCCCCACCCCCCAGCAACCCCAGCCUACUUGGAGCUGAGGGCCUCUCCCCAGUACCUUCAAGUGAUCACCUCUCCCUGCUUGCACACCUUCAGCGACAGGAUGUCCACCAUCCCCAGGGCCAGGCCCUGCCAUGGUUGGCUGUUAGCAAGUCCUUCCUUAUAUUGAGCCAAAAUCUUUCCUUCCACAACCAGUAUCUGGUCUUCAUAGACCUUCCUUCUCACCCAAAUGUGUAUUUUCUCUUUUAAAUAGUCACUUUGAGAGGCCAGAUACCUAUUCCAAAAAUAGUUACUCAAAAAUAGGAUUCCCCAUGGGAUUUGUCUUCAGAACCAAGGUUAGCCCCCUUUCAUUCCCUGUCAGUCAUCCCCAUUUUGUUAUGGCUUCACUUCGUUUGUGACCCUCAUUUCACCCACCUUCCUCAUCACCCAUGGCUCUGCAUAGCUUUUGACCAUCUUCUGUUGAGACUGAAGAUUGCCGCCCCAGCAGAAGAAGACCAGGGAUUGGUAGUGUGCAGCGGGGAGUCCGGGAGUGGGCUGAACCAUAACGCUGCCCUUGGAGUAAGUGUCUAGCCGCUAAGACACUGCUCUGAAGGAGGGGUCCUACCCCUGUGGUACUGUUUGUGGUCAGAACCAAGCCAUGGACCUCCUUGGUGUGAGACCCAGGGAAAGACACCCCAAGCCACCACUUCCCAGGGCAUGAUGAGCAGUACGGGCCUCAAAACUGCACAUUAUGAUUCAUCCCUGGAGUGAGGGUGGCCUUAGGAGUCCCAGAAUCUUAUGCAUUGGGCAGGGGCCCCCAGACAAAGCCAGAGAAACCUAGUAACACAGGCGCCCACAGGGGAUGGGCUGAGGAAGGGGCUUCCCAUAGUUAUGCCCUGUGAGUAGGGAGCUUGUUUGCUGGGCUGUGGGCAAGGCCACAUCCCUUUUCCCCCUUCAGUGGGACCCAAGAGUCUCUGAUAACUGUCCCAGGCCACCAAUCCAGUGGUACUUGGGGAAGCCACUCAGGAGAACUCAGUUUAUACCAGCCAGCAGAAGCUGUAACCACAACAAAACAGUUAAGAAAGAAAUCUCAUAAAUCACCACUGCCCUUUUUUCCUUUCCAUAAAAAUUCUCUUUCUCCAUCUUUUUGGUGCUUCUUAAUUCGAGCAGCUUGACUUUAGAGAAAGUACAGGACCUAUGAAGCCACUAACGUGCUGUGUGACUUUAUGCAAGUCACUCACCUCACUGAGUCACCUCUGUUUCUUCAUCUGUGAAAUGGGCAUAACAGUAAUACAUAACCCUACCUACCUCACAGGGCUGUUGUGAGGAUCAAAUGAAAUAAUGUAUUUAAGAAUACAGUAUAAAUAAUAAAUGGUUGAUAUUA